CGUAAUUUAAUGCUCCACCACAGUCCCGUCUGUCACAGUUCCUUUGGACUCUACUCUGAGCAGGAUCAAAUCUCGGCGGCAUUAUCUCAGAAUGGAUGUGAAGCUGCUGGCAGUCGUGGCUGCGCUCACGCUGGUGAUAUAUGCGCCUCCAUCACAAGCAAAGCCCAUCAGUCUGGUGGAGAGAUGCUACUGUCGUUCAACAGUCAACAGCCUCCCACGAGGCUACAUCCGAGAGCUCAGGUUCAUCCACACGCCCAACUGCCCCUUCCAAGUGAUUGCCAAGCUGAAGACAAACAAAGAGGUGUGCGUGAACCCAGAGAUCCGGUGGCUGCAGCAGUACCUGAAGAACGCUGUCAACAAGAUGAAGAAAUCCAAACAGGGCAACUAAAAACUCCUGCAGAGAUCCUCCUGAGCCAUCACAGUUAUGUAACAUGUGAAAUGAGAUCAUCUGGUAUGUUGUACAGCACUUAUCCUGGCUGCCAGGCUGCAGCCUCUCGCAUGGAAUGAACCUACAACUCACCAUGAACACCUAUCUACUAGCCGUGUCGCCGUUUUUCACCAUCGCCACUCUCACCACUUAUAGAGAUCAUAGAUGUUAUUAGUGCAAAGUGCAAUUAUAUCUGUAAGUGUAUGUUUUCCUAACUCUAAUGUAUAUACUUUUUUGUUAAUGGAAUUCAACAGUAAAGAGCUAUUUUUUGAGAUUUUCUCGUUCCUCUGGCCUCUCUGUCAUUUAGAAAAAUGGAUUGACCCCGGGGUCAAAGUGUUUAAGGAGGAGAGAUGUAGGUCAGUGGGAGGGUUUUCUCCACAACAAACAUGAGUCAACAUCCCACUUGCAAGUAGCAGAGUCCUGUGGACCAUUGUGCCAAGAGAUUUAUUAUAACUAAUCCUAAAAAUGGGAUCUGCUUAUCCUUAGUGUCUCUGAUUUUAAAUUGUACAAAAUUAUGAACAGCAACAUAUAGUUUCUCUUCUAAAAACGAAGGAAUGGGCAGAGUUUGCCAAGUUGUAUUGCAUGUUUCAAGUUAAUUGGCACCAUGGAAUUUCAAUGGGUGCCAGCUAACCCCAGACUGAAUAUAAGAUGUAUAAAAGAUUCUAGUAAAAAUGGCAAUUACAAUGCUUUCGUGAUGGAAGUUAGGAUGCCAAAAGAGCUUGAGCAUUUCCUGAGCUAUUCUGAGGCUGUGAUUACGCAACCCUCUGUUACCCAACAUGUCUGCUUUUUUCACUCUUAGAGAAAAGUUGAACAUCUGGAUCCUAAACAGUUUUAAUUGAGUGGGCAAUAAGUCGAAAUUUACUGGAAUCAUAAAAUUGUGUCACUUAACUAGAGAAGGUAAGAACAAAUCCAGACGCUCAACAAUCACAGUUAGCGGCCUUACUAAAUUGGUGUCAAAAAGACAAGCUUUAUUCUGAUUGAAAUAAGCUCUUAGUAUGAAUAUCCAUUUCAAAGAGGGAUGUACAGCAAUUUGAAUAACAGUUACCACAUCAGUAGUUAAAACACUAUAUUAUACUGAGAGCCGCAGUAGAGAAAGUAGUACUGUAGUACCUUUACUGACAAUGAAUAGAUGUACAUUGAUGUGACUACCUACAACUGUCAUGCAGAUAGCAAUGCACUUUAUAUCUGAUGUAUUCAUGUUUUAAUGACACAAUUUACUAUUACUCACUAAGUCUGAUCAUUAAAUUCUGUCUUUAUUUUUUAUGUUUAUCAUGCUGUUUCUAUUCUGUUUUUGCGAUCACUGAAUGUGUAGCUGCAUUUAACUGUUGAAGCCUGGGAGAUCUAUUCAUCCAUUCAUUUAAAUCUCCUUGUCAUAUGUAAAAUUAAUGUUAUAGAAAUGUUUUAUUUUUGUACUCUUUUAUGCAUUUAUAUAUUAAAUCUAAGCAUUUAAAUGAAGGAAAUGUACUCUCACAAUUGAGUCAUGGUCAGUAAAAAAAAGGAAAUCUUUAAAACGUUAUGGCUACCAUUUUAAUGUAUGCUUUCCUAUGCAUGUUACGAGCCUUUUCGUCAUAAAUACACACACUUAUACCCACUGAUGCACACAUACACACAGUUCAGUUAUGUGACUCACAUCUUUAUAUUCAGUCUAUAGCAAGCUUUACCAGGGCCAGCACACAGCUGCUGCAAUCUUACUGUACUUGUGGGUCAGAGGGCAAAUCUAAAGACUUUGAUGUGAGAACAUGUGUUUAGCUUUACUCACAAGGGCAAAUGAAAGGCAAGGACAAUGAUCCUGCCUGUAAUUUAACUAUUAACUCAACAAGCGACCAUUAGGCAAACAUAAGAGCUAAAAGGGAUGAACUUUCAACUUCCCUCUAAGGGCAUUAUGUGAGGCGGAGCACAGUAGUAUAUGUGAUGAGAGUGGUCCGCUGAUGGAAACAUCAGGGAGAGAUAAAGGGCUGUGAGUGGCAGUCCACAACACAUUUUGCUAUGUUUACUGAUUAGCUUUGAAGUCUGGUUUAAGCAUGACAAAAGCAGAGUUCACAGCACCCUUGUGCAAGAUAAAGCCAUUGAUUUAGCCCCUGAUUUAGCUCUGGUGUCCUAAUUUGGAGUGGGAAUAAAUCAGAUAUAAUCAUUGCAUGAACUGAUUGUUAAACUGAUAUCACUGCAGGAAUCUGCAGGUAGCAACAACUAUUUUCCUCUCCAGUAAUGUGAAAAUUGGGCAGCUUAAGUGACAUUUUAUCAUAAUUUUGUCAUACAGAGGACAUGCCCUCUUAUCUUACAGUGUUAACUAUUUGUACUACCAUUUGUAAAACAUUUUUAAAACAUUUGUUCCCUGGGAAUUUUUCAAUUAAACUUCAUGAGACUUUAUAAAUA